CUCAACCGCAGAGAUGCAGAGGUGGUUGGUGGUCUGUGUGGCUCUUUUGGCCUCGGCCUGUGCUGAUGAGUGUCCAGACGGAGCGGCGUGUGAGGACAGCCACACCUGCUGCAGCAGCAGCAGCAGCCAAGAGAAAGGCUACGGAUGCUGCCCAUUUGAUCAGGCCGAGUGCUGUGAGGACCACGUGCACUGCUGUCCUGAAGGCACGCUGUGUGUUGUGAGCGAGUCGAGCUGCGUCAACUCGACCGCAUCAGUCCCGUGGCUUGAAAGAGUCUCUCCAAAGCUUCCUGGGCAUUCUAAAUCAUUCAGGAUGAUCCGAUCGUACAUGGGGGAGGAAGAAGACAAUAUCUGUGCGGAUCAGUCCCGAUGCCCAGCCGAGUUCUCCUGCCUGAGGACCAACACGAGGUUUGGAUGCUGUCCGCUAGCCCAGGGGGUCGCGUGCCCUGACGGGAAGCAUUGUUGUCCUGAGGGUCACCAGUGCAGCGCAGACUGCCGCUCCUGCAUCAGAGAAGACGUGGUCCCGGCCGUGAUGUGCAGCGACGGUGAAUCCGAAUGUCCGGAGGGAACCACUUGCUGUGAGACCCCAGAUGGCAGCUGGGGAUGUUGUCCCAUGCCACGGGCCGUGUGCUGCGAGGACAAGAGCCACUGCUGCCCUGAAGGUAGCACCUGCAACGUCGAACAGUCCAAGUGCAUUUCCUCAUCCGCACAGAAGGAGACGCCCAUGUGGGCCAAGUUCCCUGCCAGGAGAAGAGCUGAGUGGGAGAACCAGAAAGAAGUGACGGCACAGCCGGUUUCUGGCCACCAGCUUUCCGAAAAUGCCCCUGACUUUACUGCGGCCGGUACAGUUCCCCCUUUCCAGGAGGACGUGUCCGUGUCACCUGUUACUACCCGAGGUAGCAACGUUCCCUGCAACGAGACUGUGUCCUGUGAGGACGAGGCCACAUGCUGUAAGACCAAAGAGGGGGAUUGGGCUUGCUGCCCUAUACCACAGGCGGUUUGUUGUGAGGACUUCAUACACUGCUGCCCACACGAUACCAAGUGUAACCUCGCAGAAGAGACGUGUGACAAAGUCUCCGGCUCUGUGCCGUGGAUGGAGAAGGUUCCUGCAAACCUCAGAGAGAAGGAAGGAGCGACCAACGUCACCUGUGACCCCACCCACAACUGUCCGGACCUGACGACCUGCUGCAAGACGCCUUUAGGAGAUUGGGCCUGUUGUCCACUACCAGAGGCCGUGUGCUGUGAGGACCACGCCCACUGCUGCCCCAAAGGCACCACAUGUGACCCGACCGCCCUCACCUGCGUGGGCCCCUCCGGACCGCUGCCCAUGAUGGACAAACUGCCCGCCUUCAACAACGCCGAGGUGUCAACGCAAACCCAGCCGUCCACCUCUGCCACCAUCACCAGCACCGUCACCAGCACCGUCACUAGCACCGUCACCAGCACCAGCCAGGUGGCUCUGCUGACAGAGAGUUCUGCGGCCGGAGGCAAUAAGCCGGGAGAGGGAGGGAGAGGAGGAGAGGUCAGAGUUCAGUGUGACCCCGAAACCACCUGCCCCUCACACACAACCUGCUGCUACAUGACGAACUACAAAAAGUGGGGCUGUUGUCCGCUGGAAGAGGCGGUGUGCUGCAAAGACGGACAGCACUGCUGCCCCGCCCACUACACAUGCGACUUGAACCAGGCCACCUGCCUGAAAGGGGAAGUGGCGAUUCCUUGGUACAACAAGCUUCCUGCUACUGCUGCUGCAGACGACAACGGCGUCCAAGCGGCUCCCAACGCCUGCGACGCCCAGACCAGAUGCCCCGAGUACGCCACCUGCUGCCAGCUCUUCACCGGACAGUGGGGCUGCUGCCCUCUUCAUAAGGCCGUGUGCUGCCCGGAUAAGGAGCACUGCUGCCCACAGGGCUACAGCUGCAACAUGGACUCUGCCACGUGUCAGAGGCUGACCUUGCUCCAGCUGCGGGUCGUGCCGCUGACGCGAGUUUACGUGUCCCUGACCCACCUGUACCACGUGCAGAGCAGGGACGUCCGGUGCGAUGACCAGACCAGCUGCAGAGAUGGCGAGACCUGCUGCAGGACGUCCUCCACCACAUGGGGCUGCUGUCCCGCUCCAAAUGCGGUGUGUUGCAGUGACAUGGAGCAUUGCUGUCCUGAAGGCCAACGCUGUGGGGAGGGGGGCAGCUGUAUCCAGGCUGCCGGACCCAGAUGGGACAACUGGGAGAUGUUCUUCCCCAAAAAGAAGAGAGCUCUGCUCAUCUGAAAACACCUCCUCCCCCCCCCCCCCUGCUAGCGCGCUGCUAGAGCUCCUGUCCUCCGGCGGCGCGUCACCAGCAGAUACCUGGAGAUUAAAACGACCGUCUCACGCUUUGUUCUCAGGGGAGCGCUGUUUGUAAACCUUGAUUUGGGAUACUAAGGAAUGGGGGGCGUCUUGCACGAAGGGCUUGUUGGGAUUUGUCCACUUGAAAUCUUUUUUUUUUCCAGAGAAAUCAAUCAAUCGUAAUCAAUCGCAAUUUGAAACACUCCAGCUAGACAUCGAUUUUACAAGUUCACGCGACCUUUAUGAAGCCUGUGAGAUGGUUCGGCAGCUCCGAGUUGCUCGGCUGCCGUAUGCUCGAGCCAGAAGGAUGAACCCCGCAUAACUCUGCUUUAGCUGUUCUGUGAUUUAGAGGUGUACGUUGCUACACAAGCCGAAUCUGAGCCACCUUCAGUUGUGUCGUUUAGUUCUACCUUGAAGACAGACGUGUUGAACAGAUUGUGUAGUAUUUGUUCUGUGGUGCCACCUAGUGACAGAUUAACCGUCGUGCAUGCUGUACUGCUUUGAAUUGGAAGGCCUGUUGAUGGCCAGGUUAUUACCACAUAUGGAACAGCUUGUUUUGGUUUUUGCAUGAUUUGCAGACACAUUUCCAAUGAAUGGUUUUUAAUUCAAGUUUAUGCUUUCUUGUAAUUCACUACUACUGCUACUACUGCUACUAAUUUCUCCAGGCUCUCCUCCACCUGCACCCUACUCUCACUACAGAUCACAAUGUCAUCCGAACAUCAUAGUCCACGGAGACUCCUGCCGGAUCUCCUCGGUCAACCUGUCCAUCACCAUUGCAAACAAGAAAGGGCUCAGAGCCGAUCCUUGCUGUAACCCCACCUCCACCUUAAACCCAUCUGUCACUCCAACCACCCACCUCACCACUGUCACACUGCCCUCAUACAUAUCCUGCACCACUCCUACAUACUUCUCUGCCACCCCCGACCUCCUCAUACAAUACCACACCUCCUCUCUCGGCCCCCUGUCGUAUGCUUUCUCUACACAAAGACACAAUGUACCUCCUUGACACCAUACCUGCCCAUCACCUCCUCCUCACCUCUGUUCCCUUCACCAACAUGUUCAUUGAAGUCCGCUCCAAUCACCACUCUCUCCUCCUUGGGUACCCUCUCCACCUCUUCAUCCAACUCACUCCAGAAUUCUUCUUUUUCAUCCAUCUCACACCCAACUUGCGGGGCAUAUGCGCUGAUAACCUUCAUCAAUAAACCUUCAAUUUCCAGCUUCAUACUCAUCACUCUGUCUGACACUCUCUUCACCUCCAGCACACUCUUGACAUACUCUUCCUUCAGAAUUACCCCUACCCCAUUUCUCCUCCCAUUCACACCGUGGUAGAAGAGUGUAAACCCACCUCCGAUGCUCCUGGCCUUACUCCCCUUCCACCUGGUGUCUCCACACACAGCAUGCCUACCUUUCUUCUCUCCACCAUGUCAGCCAGCUCUCUCCCUCUACCAGUCAUAGUGCCAACAUUCAAAGUUCUGACUCUCACCUCCACACUUUCUUGUGCUGCACGAUGGCUCUACAUAAAGUUUUAAAUCUGUGACUUUUUAGCCCAUUAAAAGGUUC